CCCACGUGAGUUCCAGAGAUGGCCGCCCCCGUGCCAACGCUUUCUGAGAACCUGGCGUGGGCGGCUGAGAGCGCCGGGUACUCGGCUGAGAAGAUGGGCCACCUUGAGCUCCGCGCCAUGAAGGGCUAUCCCCUGAGCCACGAGGUCUGCCGCCUGAUGAUUGAGCAAUUCCGUGAGUUCGAUUACUAGGGCGACGCCGCCUGGCCCGUGAGACAGCUGAGGGACUUGGCAACCUACUGGGCGAGGUGCUUCCCGCUCUUUGUCGUGCCACAUUUUUAUUUUUAUUUUUUGGAAAAAAAUGAGGUGCGCGAUGACCACGCACUCGGGCAUGCUGAGCGGCCAGUGCCGCACCCGCACGAACACUCUCGUUGAGCCCCCCAUGAGCCAGGAGUUCGUGCAUGAGAGGGUCCAAGCCGCGGCCGGGGUGCUCAUGUGGCAGGCCCUGAGGCGCCACUUGUGGUCGAGCGCGCGGAAUCCCAAGAUGAGGUAGAAUGCCGUGAUGAUCCUGGGGUACUUGAAAAUCGCUGAGGAGGCGGAUCACGUCUGCCACAAGCUCGCGGCCCCGGCAACUGAGCAGCUCCUGCGCUUCAACACUGAUGAGCUCUACGCCGCUGAGCCCCCGCGCCAGCAGCUGAUUGGCGUUGUCUUCUGGCUCGGCCCUGAGCUCCAUGCACUCGUUGAGCCCAUUCAGAACGCCAUCCAGAUGAGGAUUGCGGCGAGGCGCCGUGAGCUCCGGGCUGAGCUCUACCCGGGCGAGGGCGCGCAGGCUGAGGGCACCCAGACGCAGGCUGACGACAUGGACGUUGGCACGCCGCGCUGAGGCUCUGAGGCGCUCCGAGGC